CUCGGUGUGCCGGCUGUGUGUGCAGAGAGGUGGUCCACGUUCCCCGUAUAUAUAGAUGGGAUCGGAGGGUGUCUUCUCCUCCGGUAUAUGAUCCAUGAGGCCUCGGGGCAGGAGAUACAAUAGAUACAGCAGGAGCUUCAGUCGUACCAGGGUGGCCAUUCACACUGUCAUAGGAUAGACACCGGGACGUGUGUUUAGUGGUCUCCUAGCGAAUUCUUUUAUAUAGUGUUAUUUAUAUACAUAGAGAUAUAUAUAUAGAGAGAGAGUUUAUAAUAUAGUGUAAUAUAUAUACAUAGAGAGAGAGCGUUUAUUAUAUAUAGUGUGUACAGGAGAUUGACUUGAAAGAUUCUCACGUUUGACGUCGCAAACUGCAGCAGCAACAACCAUGGCGAAUGAAGUGAGACAAACGAUGACUCAGUUUUGGGAGGAGCACUCGCGCGAUGCAACGGUGGAAGAGAUGAUGCUGGAUUCAAGUGCUACAAUCCUAUCCAAGGAGGAGAAGCCGGAGAUCAUAUCAUUGUUGCCUUCCUUAAAAGGAUUAAAUGUGUUAGAACUUGGAGCUGGCAUUGGACGUUUUACCGGCCAUCUAGCAAAGCUGGCUAACCAAGUCACUGCUGUGGAUUUUAUGCAGAACUUUCUCGAUAAAAACCGAGCGGACAACGGUUACCGUGGAAACAUCACCUUCCUGCAGGCUGAUGUCGCACAAUUAGAAUUGCCUGAUAACAGUUAUGAUUUUGUCUUCUCCAAUUGGCUCUUCAUGUAUCUGAAUGAUACUGAGCUAAUGGCACUGAUACAGAAGAUGUUGGGAUGGCUGAAGCCUGGCGGUUAUCUCUUCUUUAGGGAGUCCUGUUUCUAUCAGUCAGGGGACGCUGAACGAACAUUUAACCCUACGGUUUAUCGUACCCCUGCUCAGUAUAACUAUCUAAUGACAUCUGUCACCACACAGUCUGGAGACCGCGGCUUUGAAAUUGUGAUGUCAAAGUCUGUGCAGACAUAUAUUAAGAUAAAGAAGAACCAGAACCAGGUGUGCUGGCUACUGCAGAAGGUCCCUCGUGAACCUAAUGGUCACCAGGGUUAUGUGACAUUUCAGCAAUUCCUGGAUAACCAGCAGUAUUCUCGAAAAGGAAUCCUUAGAUAUGAAAAGAUAUUUGGAGAAGGCUUUGUGAGCACUGGAGGGCUGGAAACCACUAAGGAAUUUAUUUCCAUGCUGAACCCUGUUCCUGGGCAGCAGGUCGUUGAUGUUGGUUGUGGCAUCGGUGGAGGAGACUUCUACAUGGCCAAGACGUAUGGGGUGGAAGUCCUAGGGAUGGACCUGUCGUCCAACAUGGUAGAAAUUGCCAUGGAGAGAGCCAUAAACGAGAAGAUUCCUCUGGUACAGUUUGAAAUUGGAGAUGCCACACGUCGGAUCUUUCCAGAUGGAACAUUCGAUGUGGUGUACAGCAGAGACACCAUCCUGCAUAUCAAUGACAAGAAAGCCCUCUUCAAAAGAUUCUAUUCCUGGCUAAAACCUGGAGGAAAACUCCUGAUCACAGAUUAUUGUUGUGGAGAACAGCCCUGGUCCCCUGUAUUUCAGGAGUAUGUGAAGCAGAGAGGAUAUGUUCUGUACACACCUGAAGAGUAUGGACAGUUCCUAGAGAAGGUUGGAUUUGUAAAUGUUCAAGCUCAGGACCGGACUGAACAGUUUGUACAAGUUCUGAAUAAAGAACUUACAAGGACUCAGGAAAUCAAGCAGGAAUUCAUAGAGAGUUUUUCUGAAGAGGAUUACAACUACAUCAUUGAUGGUUGGAAGGAAAAACUUCAUCGCUGUAGUUUAGGAGAUCAGCGCUGGGGCUUGUUCUACGCUGAGAAACCUCUGCAGAUUGUUCCAUAAAUCUUCUCUUUAAUAAGUCAUUUUGAAUGUUUAAAUAGAAAUCUGUUUCUAUGUUUACACGGUUUUUCUAAAAUGAUUAAUGACACGGAUUGAAUUCUGUGCCUUUUUCUUAUGUAUGUUCACACCAGGGUUUCUAUAGAACUUUGUAUAAAAGACAUACAUAGCAUAAAUGACAACAUAUCUCAUGCAAAGGUGGUGAUAUGUGCCCACGUGGUUUCAGUUCUAAUUGGAAAGUAUAACUCUAAUUUACGGAAACAUGAUGCCAAUACGCUAGUUGCAAGGUAAACUGGUAAAAAUUGAAGCAUUUCUCCCUAGGUCUUCAGUCUAAAGGGAUUCUCAUUUAUGAGAAUGUCCACCAUAGGCAUCAGUUAUGGCUAUGACAUAAACCAACCUAGUCUUGGCUUAAGAGCUUACAAUCAAUGCUGCUGAUGUGAGUGAGAUCCAGGCUACUUAUCUUUUUAAGGGUUGAAAUCAGAAAUGUUGCCAAGGAAGGCCGUGUGAUUUGUAACUGUUAGAUGUAGUUUAUGUUGCCAGUAGUAAACUGUUCUUGGUUACCACUUUGUCAAAAGACCACUGUAAGAAUCUGCAUUACUGCUUUAAAUCAAGAAACCCCUUAUCUCGCCCUAACACCUCUAUGCAAUGUAAGUAUCGUUUUAUGUCAUAUACUCUGCAUCUGUUAUUUUACAGAAAUUUUAAUCUUUAACUAUUACUCUUACUGUAUCUAAAGACUACCUCACUUGUAGACCAAUUGGGAAAGAUGUUCCCUGCCAUAAACCAGCUUCAUUGUAAUUCCAAAUGUCAUAAAAGUUGGACAGGUGCCUAAAGUUUCCAAUAUUAAUCAUAUUCCUCAUCAGCCAUGAUGAAAAAGCAAAGCGAGGUAUUUGAUUUCCAUGAUUAUAUACGUUGUACAUUAUGCACCAAGAAAAGCACUUUGCAAUGUGAAGAACACUUUGGUAAAAUGUAUAAUGGAUGGAUAAACAAUGUAGAAGUUUAACUUCAACUAAAAGUGUUAAUCUUUUUUCAAAAUAAAACAUUGUUUUGUGGUUUGUGUA